AUAUUAUUUUCUCUGUUAAAAUAAAUAUAUAUUAAAAAUGAGUGGGCCGGCAGCAAAAAAGCAAAAGUUUUCCCAUUUCAAGCAAAAAAAUUAUUUCAAAAGUAAUAAGCGUCAGUUCCUAGAAGUGGGUCAACGCGGUUUCCUGGCCACCUGUAACUUCCGUGAAAAGGACUGUGUACGAGAAGCAUAUAACGUACUGAACCACUAUGCCGAUGAAUUAUAUGGCCCAAAGGAUAAAGAUGUCAUCACGUCUACCCUGGAUAAAGAACCAGAGUCCGAAGAUGUGGGUGAUAUAACAGAUGAUUUACAGAAAGAAAUCGAUGCUACAAAGUCGACGAAGGAGAAUAAAAAUACCGUCAAACAACGUUUCCAAGUGGUGGAUACAGGCGCAACCAAUUGCGUCUUCAUUCGUACUACAUUACCAGAUCCAGUGGAACUGGGAACACGGAUUAUCAGCGAUGUUGCGAAAACCCGUGAGCAGAAAUCACGCUUCUUACUGCGCCUAGUACCCGUUGAAGUGGUAUGUCGUGCCAAUUUAACAGAUAUCAAUAGCGCCGGUGGUGUACUUUUUGACAAAUAUUUUCUGAAAGAAGGCACUACCUUUGCGAUUAUUUUCAACAAGCGCUAUAACAAUGAUCUCAAACGUGACGAUGUUAUUCAUGAUCUAGCUGCGCUGGUUCAAUCAAAGAAUAUAAAAAAUCGUGUGGAUCUCAAAAAUGCUGCAAAAACUAUAGUUGUAGAGGUGAUUAAGGGGUUAUGCUGUUUAUCCGUGCUGGAUAGUUAUUUGAAAUACAAGAAAUAUAAUUUGGUGGAGUUGGCAAAUAGCAAAGAUGGAGACCUAAAUGAAGAGAAAGACGAAAAACAAAAUGAAGCAGAUUCCGUGGAACUUUCUAAAGACAAAGGCUCGCAAUUGACGGAAGCUUCUAAAAAUGAUGAUAAACAAGUUGACAACAAAAGUGAACAAACCGUUAACGAUGAUGAAAUUCAAAAGGAUGUGCCGACAACUGAAGAAUGACAGAAAAUUUCUUACUGAUUUGUAGCGAUGUAUCAUUAAAGAUAAUUAAACUGAAUUUUA